AAUUGCAGUCACUGUGGCUUGGCUCCUAAAUAGUAAACGCAUUGGAAAGCCAUGGCGGUGGCCCGUUUCCUUCUUCUUCUAGGAGUUCUGGUCUUCCUCUGUCUCUCUGAGGUGUAUUGCGAGGGGCAGUUGGAAGAAGGGUUUGAAGGGGUGAGAGGCCCGAACAGAAGGCUAAUGCGGUUCAUAGAUUGUGGAGGGUCGUGCAAGAGGCGGUGCGGAGCGCACUCGAGGCCGAAGCUGUGCAUAAGAGCGUGCGGGACGUGCUGUGCGCGGUGCAGGUGCGUGCCGCCGGGGACGUCCGGGAACCGUGAGGUGUGCGGCAGAUGCUACACCGGCAUGACCACCCACCACAACAAGACCAAGUGCCCUUAAUUAUUAGUUACCUCUCCCCCUGCAUUUGCUUCUUUUCUGCCUCUGCCUUUCUCAUUUUGUGGUUUUGUUGGUUUAAUCCAUGUCUCUCUAUGUAUGCUACAUUUUAUGUCGCCUAUGAAAUAUGUUCUUCAAAAUUAGAUUUUGAAAUUAA